AUGCGUAACCGAACUUCCGCGGGCUUUAGCACGAAAUUGCACGUCUCUGGUCGAUUGCUAGCAGUGCCGAUAGACGCGAAGAAUGACGGUCCAUACGAGGCUCUGGAUCCGAGCCGAAGAGAGAUUCGACUCCUCGACCUGCUUCCUUCCAAGGACGCAGACGCUCAAAUACACGGCAAUCUGCGGACGGUCUCACUGGAAGACCGCCCGCGCUGCGAAGCCCUGUCGUACACCUGGGGAUCACCAUCGGAGGGACGAAGCAUUCUCAUCGGCAAAGUCUACCAUGUGGGAGUCACCAACAACCUCUUCCGAGCACUGCGAUGGUUUCGUAGGUCUCGGCAUGAGCGUACUAUGUGGAUUGAUGCCAUAUGCAUCAACCAGUCGGACACUGCGGAGCGAUGCAAGCAAGUCGCUAUCAUGGGCGACAUCUACAAGUCGGCAGAGUGCGUAGAUGUCUGGCUAGGGGAUGUGCAGGGCCCGUUGCCACGCAUGCUCACGGGACGACUGCAUCGCUCAUGCUAUGCUAUACGUAUGGCGAUUCAGGAAUUGCGUGACAACCGAAUGUCUCCUAAAUUCGCCUUGGAAUUAUUUCGAUCAGGCUGCCCAUGGGUACGCCGUAGACAGGCCGAAAAGCUGGAAGCUGCGAUUCGUGAUUCGGAGCCGAAAUGGGCGGAGCGAGCAUGGGUGAGGCAAGAAUUCCUGCUGAACUCUACCGUGUUCCUCUGCUUCGGCUCUGAACGGACCAAAUGGGAAGCUGAGAAGAUUUGGUUCUUGGAAAAAAUUGGAACAAUCGAGGCGUUGGAUGCCAAGAUCAAACCAGACUGGGGCUUCCGCCAUGCAAGUGACAAAGGGUCCAAGGAACGGUGGCCGCUGAACGAUAUCCGUUCUAGACUCCGGAACGUCGAAGCCUCGGACCCCAGGGACAUGGUUUACAGCCUCCUGGGCGUUCUUCCGCUUCAACAAGCCGCUCUUAUCGAUGCUGACUACGGUGUACCCUGUGCAGAUGUUUACGCUAAAGCCACUUUUGCUAGCAUAACGUAUGACGGUCAUCUGCUGACUCUGUCGAACACCGUAUUCAAAUACGAUGAUAUCCCAUUUCUACCGUCUUGGGCGAACAACUUCCGGCAUGAGUUUCCACACGCCGCCUUUACCAAAGAAACGUCACUCUAUCACAUGGACUUCUUGCCCGAACCUCUCUUGGGCGGAGACUGUAAGGCGCUGACCGUCUAUGGCCUCCCGCUAGACUCGAUCACAUCUGUCGUACCACUGCCGGAGGGGGCCGACCAUCGCAGGAUUUGGCGCUCCAAUUCCCAUACAAUGAGCACUUUUGCCCAAGCGUUGUCUGAUGGACUUGAUAAGUUCACAAUGCGGCUUGCCGAUGAUACUACGCGGCUGUUCCAAGACCAUCCGUGGCUGCCUUCCGUUAGGUUACGUGCGGACGAAGAGACUGCCGCGGGCUCCCUACUCGACUGGUGUAGAAUCAAAUCAUACAGCUCGUACCUAAACGUAGUCAAAAUUCUCAGCGAAGUUUUCAGUCGAUGGCACCGAAGCAUAGAGCCACCGUUUGACGACCGCCCUUUCCAGUACUUGAGGCAUUUGGGCGAUGGGUUUUUUUUCGACCAUGCUCGGAUCGUUGACGGGGAUGCUUGCUUCUUCACCACGAAGACAGGCUUAGUUGGACUGGCUCCCGGCACACUUAAAGUCGCAGAUCAAGUGGUCCUGGCGCCACGCGCCCUGCUCAUUCUGCGUACCGCAGAUGACAAUCGAUGGACUUUCCGCGGUCUUGCCUAUGUUCAUGGCGUCUCUGGUGUGCUUGCUCCUCUCAUUCCGCACGAGGUUUCCAGGAGUCAUGUGGACGAGUUCGUCAUCAUCUAG